AUGCUGCGGCGGACCGCAGGCAACCCCGUGGUGGCGGGCGCCAACACCCAGGUUGUGGCCGCGCUCGAGAAGGCUUACGCAGGCCUGGGCAUCACCAAGGCCGACGCGACCCCUCCAUACCAGAGCGACGGCGUCGCCUCAUCUGGCUGCUCAGACCCCCUCGCCUCCGACAACAAUUCCGACCCAGACGACCAAACCGGGCCCCAAGCCGGCAGCGCCGACGCCGCCGCGCCCACGGCUGCGGGCCCGCCAGCCGGCCGCUUGACUGCACCCGCCCCUGCGGCCGCCGCGGCCGCUGCGGCGGCGUGCGGCGAGGGGGAGGGCGAUGCGGGCGGCGACAGGGAGCCAGAUGAGGAUGCGUCAGAUCUGCGGGACCAGUCAAAGCGGUCAACCGUGGGAGGGAAGGCCGCGGCCGUCCUGAAGGGCAGGAUCACGGAGUCUCCCUCGGGCGAGCGCGUGUGGUGCGACGGCCUGACGGAGGAGAGCCGGCAGCCUUGGUGGGACGAGACGUUUGCGCUGGUGACCCUGGCGAUCUUCACGAUGUGGAUCCACAUCCUGGCGGUGAUCGUGAUCUGGGGGUUCUUCAACCGCUGGGCCCUGCUCGCAGCGGCAGGCAUCUGGGGCACGGUGCUACUGCCGGCAGAGCCGCUGCUGUGGGAGAGGUUCCUCGGCAACCCUGUCUUCAAAAGCUGGCGCCGCUACUUCAGGUACUCUGUGGCGUAUGAUGUGCCCAUCGACCUGUCCAAGAAUUAUGUGUAUGCCGAGAUGCCCCACUCGGUGUUCCCCCUCAGCCAGAUCAUCGCCACAUCACUCGGCGCCGACGCGUGGCAGGGCCACAAGGUGUACUCCAUCGCCGCUGACAGCGUCUUGUCCAUCCCUCUGUGGCGCCACGUGUUCACCUGGAUCGGCGCGCGCCCCGCCAACCACCGGGAGUUCAGGAGGCUGCUGAAGCGCGGCUCUGUCGGCCUGGUCCCGGGGGGUAUUGCGGAGAUGUUCCUGUCAGAGGCCCCCAAAGCUGACGUCAUCAAGCUGCUGGACCGCAAGGGCUUCGUCAGAGUGGCUGUGGAGGCUGGGGCGCCGCUCGUGGCAAUUUACGUGAGCUCGGCGGUCACGGGGCGGGUCCCCCUGUUCAUGUGCGUCGGCAAGCCCAUCCCCGUGCCCAAGCUGUCCCCUUCGGACCCUGGCUUCAAAGACGCGGUGAGCUCACCGCGUCUUUACGAUGCCGCCUGCGAUGCCGCCGCCUCCGACGGCCCGCACGCACGCGCGAAACGCGGCAGCGGCAGCGGCCAGUGGGCGCUGGGCUCGCUGCCCGCAGCAGUCAUUUCUGCAUGGCAGCUGCCCACCAUUGCGUCAAGAGUCGACGAGGCGCACGCCAAGCUCGUGGAAGAGACGAGGCGCAUCUUCGACAAAUACAAGGCGAUGUAUCCCGGCUACGCGAACCGCACGCUUAAGAUCGUGUGA